CCCUUGGGACGAUGACCUCCAAGUCUCCUUCGGCCCCGUCGGCCUCCAAUCCAAGGAAGAGGAACAGCAGAUCCGAUCCAUCCCGCACCAGAAACCCUCGAGAAUCCGGCCGCAAUCCCCCCAAGAGAUCCCCUUUCGCCGACGUCGGAAGCUACAUGGCGAUCAAGAAUCGAAAGCUUCGUGAACAGUUCGACGCCGGCGCCUCCUCCUCUGGGAAAGGAAUAUUUAGCGAGAUUUCAAUCUUCGUUGACGGAUUCACGGUGCCUCCCAGUCAGGAGCUUCGGGUUUUUAUGCUGAGGCAUGGUGGCCGGUACGAGAAUUACUUCUCCAGGCGAUCUGUGACUCAUAUCAUUUGCAGCCAUCUGCCCGACAACAAAAUGAGGAACUUCAGGGCAUUCAGCCGAGGGCUUCCAGUCGUGAGACCUGCCUGGGUGGUGGACUCCGUGGCUGCCAAUAAGCUUUUGAGCUGGGUCCCCUAUCAGUUGAAUGAGCUUGAGAAUGGGACAUUUAAACAACAAAAAUUGUCUUCUUUCUUUGCCCCUAAGUGCACCUCAAGUCCGAAGAUCGCGAAUGCUGAGAGCCACAUAGCUCCCCUUGUAAGAUCUGCAAGUGGAUUAUUGUUGCACAAGGAUGAAAAGAUGAAGCAAUUGUUGUUAGAUGAGGAAGAAAAAUGUUCAAAAUUUAGAGAACAAUCUAUGUAUGUUGGCGAUGAUAAGUUUUUCAAGGUGGAAUAUGCAGAAUUAAAAUUUGGCAAAAUGAAAGAUGAGCAUAAUAUAACAGGGGCUUAUCCUAGUAGUUCUUGUAGGAACAACAGAACGUUGGAGGAAUCAUUAGAUCCACUAAACUUUGGACAUUGCAACCAGCAAGAAGAGAAUCUUGGAGCUCAUCAUUGUCUAGAAGAUUAUGCCAAGGGUGCUAUGGAGAGUGACAUUCACCAAAUUCAGUUGUCUACAAUCUCUCAUCCAAGGCAUGAUGAUUUGCACAUUAAUACAUGUGCUGACAACCAUCCGGAUAUAGUACCUCAGUCUUUAAGUCAAUUAGAUUUUUCAGUACUGCAUGAGUUACCUGAAGAACUGAAGAUUGGUAUUCUUGAAGCACUUCCUCCACACAGAGCAGCUAGUUUUCCUGGCAAUGGUUCUGGCAGUACCAGGAAGAAAUUUCCUUGUGACAUAAAAGAUGAGAAUUCUGAAAAACUUGAUAUAUUUUUGUGGGAAGGAACUCCUCCAAGUUGGGUUGAGAAGUUCCAACAUAGCAGUUGCCUUUUGUUGAACAUUAUCGCAACUCAAUAUUCUAGAUCUGAUAUGAAUGGUCUUCUAUCGCUGACUCUUCAGUCCUUCAGUCAUAUUUUGUCUACUUUUACUGAUUUAAGUGCAAUGGAAUCAGAUGAAUUAAUUUCCAGUUUGUUUGAGCUGUUUAAGCAAUAUAUUGAACUGAAGGUCAAAUCAGAUAUUGAGGAGCUGUAUGUUUGUUUUCGGAUAUUAAGAAGGUUUGCAACAGAUAUUAAGUUUCUGCAGCAAGUGUAUGACCUAAUUCUUCCCUUUCUUCAGGCUUCUAUUAGUGAGAACUAUGGGGGAAUUCUUAAUCUUCCUAUUGCCAAAGAAUAGGCCUUCAAAUUUGAAGAUCAUUUUCUAUAGAUUCGUCUAUUUCCAUAUCUUCAAUUCAGUGUAUUCACUUGCAUGAACUGUAAUUGGUGUCAACCGAUAUCACCAACCCAUGCCAUCGAGGAAGAAACGAGGUCGACCCAAACAUCAGCUUCGAUCGGCUGCUUCCAUUAUCACGCCAAGCUAUGUCUUCUAAGUUGGAUUUAGAGGAGUUCUCCAAACUUGGACGGCUCGAAGGAGGACUUCGGAAGCAGCAGUUGUGCUCGGCAUGAAGAGCUCAUCUCGGCACUCGUGUCAUCUGAUGGCUAAAUAUUUCACUGCCCGAACCACAAGAUGGCACCAUCUCGAUUGGGUCUUCGUUGCGCGUCCACCCGAGGUGAACUCCCUCCCCACAUGGGAGAAACCAGAGUGGGCGGCGAAGAAGGCAAGACUCGCGGUGCUCGAGAUCCCCACACGACGAGGCCGGAGACAUGCGUGCACUGUCCAUGGAGAAGAGACGACAGCAGAUGCGGCGCACCAAAGCUUGUCGUCCUCCGUUCCUUUCAAAGGUGUGCACGAAUUUCGAAGCCCUCCAUCUCAUUAGCGGGUUGUCCACUAAUGUGUUAAAGAGUCAAUACAAUAUAGUUUGCUGUUCCUCUAAUCCAUUGUUUUUCCUCACACCAGAAGUAAUCUUUGGUGUCGAGGCAUCACCGAGGUUGAUGAGAACCUUCCGUGUCGUGUCAUAACAUUCAUGGACAUUGAUUGAUUCACACAGGUGACGACAAGUUAUGCCUUUGUUAUCUCAUCAAAAACAUCCUUUUUGUCUUUUAUAGAUUAGUCAGUCGGAGGUAAAACCCCGGUGAUCUCCCAAAGAACAAUCUAUUAUCCUCGUGAUCCUUGCGUAACAAUGAGGCACUUGCAGCGGAAGUUGCCAUUCCAAAUCAAGUGUGUAACCCUACCCUUUAUUUUCCUUCUCCAUCAACGCCACCACAGAACAAAAAGAAGGACAAGGCAACAACGAGGCAUCAUUAAUGGCCAGGGCCUCGUA